AUGCAGGCUGCUGUGCGCCGGUUGCGUCAGACUGCUGGUGCCCAGGUCGGUCGCUGGCAGCAGCAGCGCGGUGUUGCCAGCUCCUCCGAGCCCUAUGAUGCGGUCAUCAUCGGUGGAGGCGAGUUACCUCGCCCCGGUGGUUACGUCGCUGCGAUCAAGGCCGCUCAGCACGGUCUGCGGACGGCGUGUAUUGAGAAGCGUGGUGCUCUUGGCGGAACUUGCCUGAACGUCGGAUGCAUUCCCUCAAAAGCUAUGUUGAACAACUCGCACAUGUACCACCAGACGCAGCAUGACCUGAAGCGGAGGGGUAUUGAUGUCACCGAUGUCAAGCUCAACCUGCCUCAGAUGCUGAAGGCGAAGGAGGAUGCCGUGACUGGCCUGACGAAGGGUGUCGAGACCCUCUUCAAGCAGAAUAAGGUCGACUACUUCAAGGGCACCGCUUCCUUCGUCAACUCCACCAAGCUCAGUGUCAAGCUGAACGACGGUGGCGAGACCGAGGUUAACGGCAAGAACAUCAUCAUCGCGACCGGCUCUGAGGUCUCUCCCUUCCCCGGUGGUUCCAUUGUGAUCGACGAGGAGCAGAUCGUCUCGUCGACUGGUGCUCUUGCGCUCCAGAAGGUCCCCGAGAAGAUGGUUGUCAUUGGUGGUGGUAUCAUCGGUCUCGAGAUGAGCUCCGUAUGGAGCCGUCUCGGUGCUCAGGUUACCGUUGUCGAGUUCUUGGGUGGCAUUGGUGGCGCGGGUAUCGAUGAGGAGAUUGCCAAGCAGUUCCAGCGCUCUCUCCAGAAGCAGGGCCUGAAGUUCAUGUUGAACACCAAGGUCCUCUCUGCUGAGAAGAAGGACGGCAAGGUCUUCAUCAAGACCGAGGCUGCGAAGGGCGGCAAGGAGGAAACACUUGAGGCGGACGUCGUCUUGGUCGCUGUUGGCCGUCGCCCCUAUACCGAAGGCCUCAACCUCGAGGCUGCCGGUGUCGAGCUCGACAACCGCGGCCGCGUCGUCAUCGACGACCAGUUCAACACCAGCGUAAAGGGCAUCAAGUGCAUCGGUGACGUCACCUUCGGCCCGAUGCUUGCGCACAAGGCCGAGGAAGAGGGUAUCGCCGCCGUUGAGUACAUCAGCAAGGGCCACGGCCAUGUCAACUACCACGCGAUCCCGUCCGUCGUCUACACCCACCCCGAGGUCGCUUGGGUCGGCAAGACCGAGCAAGAGCUCAAGGCCGCGGGUGUGCAGUACAAGGUCGGCAAGUUCCCCUUCGCAGCGAACUCGCGUGCGAAGACGAACCUCGACACCGAGGGCAGCGUCAAGUUCAUCACCGAGAAGGAGACCGACCGCAUUCUCGGCGUACACAUCAUCGGCCCUAACGCCGGUGAGAUGAUUGCGGAGGGUGUCCUUGCUGUCGAGUACGGUGCGAGCGCAGAGGACAUUGCGCGGACAACCCACGCCCACCCCACGCUCAGCGAGGCGUUCAAGGAGGCGGCAAUGGCUGCGUUCGACAAGCCCAUCCACUUCUAG